UUUUAAAAUGCUGGAGCCAAGGAAGGAGGAGGGGAUAGAGGAAAUAGCAGGAAAAUAAGACUGGGGAAGCGAGGAGAGAUUUGAGAAGCUGGAUGAGUUGUUCGCUCUGUUAUUGCGAGGAGCCAAGUUCCUUAAGCAUCUCCUGGUGGAUAUUAAGAGGGAGCUGUGGAGGCUGGAGCGUUCCCCUGGACACUCGCACGCUGUAGCUUUAAGACUGUUUAACAGAGGACUCGGGAUUUCCAGUUUUCCUGCGCCUGGUGGAGUAUUUCAGGGAGUUACGAGAUUUUUUCGGGUCAUGCACCCCCUUUUUCCUUUUUCUUUCUCCUUUCUCUUCCUCCCUUACUCUUCCUUUUCAUUUCAAAGAGACAAAGCUACUUCAGUUUGGAGCACAAACAUAUGAUCAGCACAUGGAAAUGUGGUAAUUUGGAUGCAUUCAUGAUUGCAACAGAUUGAAGAAAUUAGACCAGACAAAGAGCUUUUUUUGGAAGAGGAGGAGGAGGCAAGGCAAGGAGGGAGGGAGAGUGGGGGAAAGAAGGGGACGCCACCGAAAAAAGGGACGGCCGUGACACGCGGAUGCUAAAUAUAUCCUGUAGUAAUGGAGAAAGACCGGAUUUCAGCUCUGAAAAGAUCUUUUGAGGUCGAGGAGGUAGAUCAGUCUUCAAAUUCCUCCACCCCACAAAGACGGACCCCAAACACCCUACUCAGGUCCACCGUGUCCAGCUCCACACAGAAGUUUCAGGAACUCGGCGCCAGGAAUUCGGAGCCAUCUGCCCGACAUGCGGACCCCACAAGCCAAAGAUCACCCAAGCCCUCUCUGAGGAGAGUGGAGCUCUCUGGACCCAAACUGGCCGAGCCGGUGUCCAGAAGAACAGAAAUCUCCAUUGACAUCUCAUCCAAGCAGGUGGAGAACUCCACCUCAGGGCUGUCGAGGUUUGGCCUCAAAAGAGCAGAUGUGCUGGGGCACAAACCCCCCGAGCCCACCCCACGGAGGACUGAGAUCACCCUCGGCAAGCCCCAGGAGCCGGGUCUCCGGAGGGUGGAGGCGCCAGCAUCAAAGAUCCCCGAGAUGCCCCAGCGAAGAGCUGAGACAGCCAACGCUCCUGUGCCCGACACGGCCACCAAGCGCGUGGAAAUUCAGGUAGCGAAGGCUGCCGAGGUCCCAGCCCCACCGGCACGGCAGGCAGAGAGCUCCGAGCCUCCCCUGGCCCCACAGCCUCCCCAGGCAGAGCCAAAGCCACCGCCAGUGCUGAUGGAGAGCCCACCAAAGAGAGAAGAAGGUCCAGAGGCAGUUCCCAGCCACGCACCCAGCAUGACGGACGCUCCACGGGAUGCCGGGCCCAAGCAGCCGGCGCCGAUGCGGCCGGAGAAACCAGCUGCAGAUUUUGGCUACGUGGGGAUAGAUGCCAUCCUGGAGCAGAUGAGACGGAAAGCCAUGAAGCAGGGGUUCGAGUUCAACAUCAUGGUCGUGGGUCAGAGCGGCUUGGGGAAAUCCACGUUAAUCAACACCCUCUUCAAAUCCAAAAUCAGCAGGAAAUCUGUGCAGCCGACUUCUGAAGAGCGGAUCCCCAAGACCAUUGAAAUCAAAUCCAUCACUCACGAGAUUGAAGAGAAGGGGGUUCGCAUGAAGCUGACAGUCAUCGACACCCCGGGCUUUGGAGAUCACAUCAACAACGAGAACUGCUGGCAGCCCAUUAUGAAGUUCAUCAAUGACCAGUACGAGAAGUACCUGCAGGAGGAAAUCAACAUCAACCGGAAGAAGCGGAUCCCUGACACGCGGGUGCACUGCUGUAUAUACUUCAUCCCAGCCACCGGCCACUCGCUCCGACCGCUAGACAUCGAGUUCAUGAAACGCCUGAGCAAAGUGGUCAACAUCGUCCCCGUGAUUGCAAAAGCCGACACGUUAACGCUGGAGGAGAGGGACUACUUCAAACAAAGGAUAAUGGCCGAUCUUCUUGCCAACGGCAUCGACGUGUAUCCUCAGAAGGAGUUUGAUGAGGACUCUGAAGAUCGGCUAGUGAAUGAGAAAUUCAGGGAAAUGAUCCCAUUUGCAGUGGUGGGCAGUGACCAGGAGUACCAGGUUAAUGGAAGAAGAAUCCUUGGAAGGAAGACCAAGUGGGGCACCAUUGAAGUGGAGAACACGACACACUGUGAGUUCGCCUACCUGCGGGACCUCCUCAUCAGGACGCACAUGCAGAACAUCAAGGAUAUUACCAGCAACAUCCACUUCGAAGCCUACAGGGUCAAGAGGCUGAACGAGGGCCAGAGCUCGCUCUCCAACGGCGUGACCGACAAAGAGCUGGUGGCUAACGAAAUGUAACCGUCUCGCUCCGUAGCCAGGACCUUGCUCGCUCACGCUCGCUAUUUCUCCCCUCUUCCCCCUUUAUUUUUAUAUAAAUCCUCUGCCACUCUCCCUCUUCCCACCCCCCCCAGCCCCCUGCCAAUGUUAACUGACCAAAUAACCAGACGCCGUCUCUGUCGUGCGGAGCGGGGCGACCGCUCAUCCCCCCCCCCAACACCCCCUUGUUUUGUGACCUGAGUUUUCUUCUCAGCCCUUGGUCCAGCAUCCCUGGGCCGGGGACUGUUUCCCCCCACGGAGGUCGGGCUCUCACUGGCCCCCAGCGCUGGCCCGAUAGCCGAGCUUGGGGGGGGAGCAGAUCCGUGGGGCCAGCAGGGUUGGGGUCCUCCUGGGAGCCCUGCCUGCCCCCUCUGUGCAGAGGUUCUUCUCCGUCCGAUGAAGGCAAGGGUUCCUCCAGGAGAACGUAGCCUUCAGAAGCAAGGUACGGUGGUGUGAAGAGAGCAAGAAGGUGCCAUCCUUGUCUCCUGCCGCCUCCUCUGAGCCCUCUGCAGCCCUCUGGCACCCGCCAGCCCCCAACCCAACCCCUCUACCUUGCCUACAUGCAAUAAACUGGGAGUGUUUAGGUGUCACCUCGCCUGUCACCGACCUCCGGCCAGGCAGAGCGACCUGCUUUGGGAGAAGUGCCUUUUCAGACUGUUACCUUGCAAUAGCGUUGGGAGAGGGGAGGGUGGGGGGCUUGCCUUGUCUGUCUUUGCACCCUGCGAAGGCCUGUGACACGUUGUAGAGACUCCUUUUCCCUCUCCCUUGGACCAUAGAUGUGGCGAUGUCCUGGGAACACUUGUAUAUUUAUUUUUCAUACGGUUGGGUGGGUUUUUUUCCGCUGAAGGCUCGGAGUGUGUUUGUCCGAAGGGGGCUGAGAGUGGAACGUCUCUGCAAAGCGGUGGUGGGAGGCGGAGGGUUGUCCUGUCUGACCCUUGUGAUUCUUGGGCUUUUCCCUACGUCAGAGGAGGCUGUUGGGUAUUUUUUUAAUUAUUUUUGUUUGGUUUUUUUUUUUUUUAUUAUUUUUCGCAUCCCCCUGUGUGACGUGUGUAGGUGUAACAUGCUCCUCUGUGUCGCUAGUCCUUGUGCGAGGGGACUGUGCAUGUGCGGACCGAGCCCCGCAGCCGUGGGGAGGGCUGGGGUGGCAUCUGUGGGUGCUGUGCCCUGUGGCCCCCUCUUCUCUACCCUUCCACGCCUCCUUUUUCAACAUGACCCUGCAAGGGGGGGGUCAGUUAAAUAACGCCGUGACGCAGGAGCGGGUGGUCCUGGAGCAGAGCUUUGCAGUCCUGCCCCCCACCCCUGCUCCUCUUGUCUUUGUUGUCCACUCUGUCAGUCUCCGUGUCUUCUCUAAGGGAUAAAACUUUCUGCAAAUCACCCUAUUUUUUUGGGGGGGAGGGCACAUACUAAAAUGGCAGCGUGUCCCAUCCUCUAGCGCUGGAAGGCACCUGCAGAGCCCACCCCGUGGUCUCCACGAUGGGCAAAGCCACCUUCUUCAGCACAGGUGACCAGGAGGAAGGAGGAGGUUGCUCUCAUCAUGGUGGGGACACCCAGAUGACAUUGCUCAGUGGAGGUUUUGCAGGGGGUCCCCACACAUGUGUCGUCCCCCCCCCACAGCCAAAGGUGGGUGCAUCACAAGGAGAAUCCUCUCUCCCCUCCUUAAAUCAUGUUUCCCUCCCCACCACAGCACGAUGGAGCUGUUGGGGAAGAACAAUUAUCUACUUGCUGACUUGCUAUAUUUUAGCAAAAACAACCCCCCCCAAAAAAGUGUAUUAACUAAGAAAAUAUAUAUAUUUCAAGUGUUAAAAAAAGACUGAAAGGGGAGAAAAAUCUCUUGGGUGAGGCACUUCUGCAAAUGUCAUCUUAAACUUUUUUUUUUUUCCUCUAUUCAAGCUGGGCCAAGCAAGACACGCCGCUUUCUCCUUUGUAACCUGAUUUUUAUUUUUUUUUUUUGGAAGGAAAAAGAAGAAAAUAAUACAAUAAAAAAACCUUCAUCCAGAUCUAUUAAAAUGGCCUUUUGGGGGUUAUAAGCAUUAUGACAAAUUUAGCCCAUUUUUGUAUAAAUAAUAGUGUUUAAUAUGUAUUUCCCAAAAUAAAUGUUUCGAAUGCAAAUAGAA